AAUCUACCCAUUGCGCAUGCGUGUGGAGUUUACACGUGAAGCAGACAGCAUGGCGGAGACAGCAGAAGUUGGGCUAGACCGGACCCAGGUGAAAAAGGCCGUCCAGGCUUUGCAGGCUUUCCUGAAAACCAAGUCCACCGGGGACUCGCUGUUCCUGGACGACACUCAGCAGAUCAGCCUGCUCUUCACCCUCUGGAAGAUCCCCCCGAAAGCACAGACCAUCCGCAUUCCGUUGCCCCAUGGCCAGCGGUCGGACACAGAGGAGGUUUGCCUCUUCACCAGAGACGAGCCCAACAUGACCUCAGAUCAGACCAUCAGGUUUUAUAAGAAGCUGCUUGCAGAGAAGGGAGUGAAGAACAUCACAGAGGUCAUCCCGUAUAAAGUCCUGAGGACGGAGUACAAACCUCACGAAGCGAAGCGCCGCCUGCUGAGCAACUUCGACAUGUUCCUCUCCGACGACCGCGUCCGCCGCCUGCUGCCGUCUCACCUCGGGAAACACUUCUACCUGAGGAAGAGAGAGCCGCUGUGUGUGAACAUGCUGAGCAAAAAUCUGGCCAGAGAUAUUAGUCGAGUGAUCCAGGGCUCCUACCUGAAGGUCACCAACAAGGGCUCCUGCUGCAUGGCUCGCAUUGCCCACGCCGGCAUGACCGCAGACGAGGUGACCGAAAAUGUUGAGGCUGCUUUCCAAACUGUGUCGACCAAACUACGCACGAAAGGACCCGUGAUAAAGCUGGUUCACAUCAAGACUCAGAUGUCUGUAGCGCUGCCCCUCUACACCUCCAACCUGAACCACCUCACUGCGCUGGACGAGGAUCAGAAAGUGACAGAGACCGCCAAGCAAGAGGCUGCGGCUAAAAAGCUGGCAAAGAAAACUAAGAAGACAGAGGACGUGAAGAAAAGCGAGGGGACGGGGGAAGAAAUCCCACAGCUGGUUCCCAUGGGAACACCAAGCAAGAAGCCCAAACUGGAGAAGACACCCAAGAAGAAGCAGCUGGAGAAGGCGCCCACGACGGCUGGUGGGAAGAAAGGAAGAAAACCACAAAACAAAAUGAACAAGAAGGGCGGCAAGGGCGAGUCCAAAGGGAAGAGAAGAGUGCCCAAAUUGAAAUGAUUCUCCUCUUCACACGUUACCUUCAACAUGGACAUUUGACUCAGAACACAGGACCAGAUCGCUCACACUGCUCCAUAUAUAUUCAGUCUGUUUUGUCUCGUUAUGCCUGGAUGAUGCAGAAUAUAAAGUUUGUUAUCUGAAAUGAACUUAGGCUCUGUUGUGUUUUCUAAAAUAUAGCCCUCCAACAAAAGGCUUUUCACUGGAAGACAGAGCUAACAAUGGCUCUGUGUACUUGUGGGCAUCAAUAAUCCCUUACAUGGUGACACGGCCCUGAAACUAGUGAAGCUUAAAGGGAAUGCAGCCUUUUAUUGACAUAAUGAAUGCAGCAUUCGCAUGCAUUUCACCAUUUUGGAAGUCGUUUUUGCAACUUCCAUGUGAAAACAAAAUAGUUUUGAGAGUUUUUUGCUCAGUAUCGGUUAUUUUGUCAGGGUUGUUGCUGGAUGAGUGUUUCCUAAAUCCACAAAUGAUUGCUUUACCUUAUCCAACACCUUUUCUAACUCAUCUAAAUGUAUGUGAAAAGUUGUUAUGCAUUAUGUGAAUUAAAAUAUUUGUGAACCUUG